UGUUGUGCUGAAAGGAAGAAUUAACUGGUCUUUCAACUUCAGCCUUUUUAUUGUGAGAAGGAAGAUCACAGAAGUGUUACCAUGGGGAGAACAGCAGCUAAAGAUUCAAAGAAUGUUAAAAAGGAGAAACAUGGGAAGAGUCAGCAGUCAAACAAUGUGUCUUUAAAAAAUGAACACUUUAAGUGGGAUAAUUACUUGAAAGAGACUGGAUCGCUAGCUGCUCCUCCACAUUGUUUCAGACAGUCUAGGAUCCCACCUAGCAACGAUUUCAAAGUUGGUAUGAAACUGGAAGCCCACGACCCACGCAAUGUUACCUCAGUGUGUAUAGCUACAGUAAUUGGAAUCUCUGGUGCCAGAUUAAGGUUGCGGCUUGAUGGAAGUGACAACAAAAAUGACUUUUGGAGGCUUGUGGAUUCCUCUGACAUACAGCCAAUUGGGACCUGUGAAAAGAAAGGGGGAAUGCUCCAGCCGCCACUCGGUUUCCAGAUGAAUGCAUCAUCUUGGCCAAUGUUUCUGUUAAGAACACUAAAUGGAGCUGAAAUGGCACCUGCAGCAUUCUUUAAGAAGGAACCACCAAAACCUGCUCCAGACUAUUUUAAAGUUGGAAUGAAACUUGAAGCAGUAGACAAAAAGAACCCUUAUUUAAUUUGCCCAGCGACCAUCGGAGAUGUUAGAGGAGAUGAAGUUUUCAUUACAUUUGAUGGCUGGCGGGGAGCAUUUGACUAUUGGUGCAAAUAUGAUUCUCGAGAUAUCUUCCCAGUCGGAUGGUGUGGCUUAACAGGAGAUGCACUACAGCCACCAGGCAACAAUGUUUCCAUUACAAAAAGAGCUGCAAAAGCCCAGUCUUCCCUUUCCAAAGUGACCCGGCGUUCAAUGCAGUCUCCACAGAAGUCUGCUCCAGUACCAGCACAAUGUGGCAGGAAAACAGGUCGGGGCAACCCCCCUGGACAAUCUACAGUUCCUAGGAAGGGAAGAUCUCCUAAAACCAUUCCUUUGACAAAAAUCACCUCUACAGAAAAUCUCAAAACAAGGAAAAAAGGUUUAAAACCUGGAAGAAAGAAAAAAAUCUUGCCAGUGAAAUCUCCUCCUGCACCUUCUCCUCCACUUACUUGUCCUGAGGGGGACAAUGGCAGUACACAGAUACAUAAAGAUGGAGUUGGCAUUGCUGGUGCAACAGCAGCAGUUAUAUCCACAGUUUGCGUCUAUGUUAACAAGCAUGGGAACUCUGGACCUCACCUGGAUAAGAAGAAAGUUCAGCAGCUUCCAGACCACUUUGGACCAGGUCCUGUAAAUGUGGUACUUCAGCAGGCUGUGCAGGCCUGUGUAGACUGUGCCUAUUUAUCCAAAACAGUCUUUGGAUUCCUCAAGUCAGGGCAUCAUGGAGGGGAGAUGAUAACAGCCGCCUUUGAUGGGGAGAAACAUGCCAUCAAUCUUCCUUCUGUAAACAGUGCAUCGUUUGUCCUGCGUUUCUUGGAGAAGCUCUGCCACAGUCUGCAGUGUGAUAAUCUUUUUAGUAGCCAGCCCUUCAGCCCUUAUAUGGGAAGUGCACAUAGUCCUACAGAGUAUGAUAGGAACAAACCAGCAAAAGAGGAAAUAUCAGAAAACAGAAGUACUAAACGAUAUUCUCAGGAUUCUCCACCCUACACUGCCCCUCUCUCCCCUAAACUCCCCAGACCUGACGCUCACCCAUCUGAAGCAGAAACAUUGCCAACUGAAGAAAAUGGCACUCCCAAAGAACACCGAUUUUCUGAGGACUCUAUGGAUUCUGCACUCAAUUCAGUAAAUCCUUCAAGCCCAACCCGCCGAAAUUCCACUGAAUAUCGUAUCUCAGGGAGUGCAGCAUAUUACAGGAAUUCCCUUCAGCCGGUGACUGCUGCUUCAAACUCAGCCCCAAUCCUACACAGGCUGUCAUCAAGCUCUGCUGGGAACAGCAGUUACUAUGAAGUCAACAGGAAUCGAAUGCAGAGGAGGAUUGAAGCUGCAAGUUCUACAACAGGUCCUGAUCUCAGUGCACUAAAAAGGGAACCCUCACGAGUACCAAAUAAGGAUCCUUCUACCUGGUCAAUAGAGGAAGUGAUGCGAUUUGUGAAAGAAGCUGAUCCUCAGGCAUUAGCACCCCAUGCAGAACUCUUCAGGAGACACGAAAUUGACGGAAAGGCACUACUGUUACUAAGGAGCGAUAUGAUAAUGAAAUAUAUGGGACUGAAGUUGGGGCCAGCAUUAAAGCUAUGCUACCAUAUUGAGAGACUUAAACAAGGAAAGUACUAGCCAAUGGAGACACAGUAAUGUACGUAUUCAUAUCAGACUUAACUCUCAGGUUCACAGACAUGUUCUUUAUUUAAGAAUAUUUUGUCAUCAUAAACCGUCUUCAGUUUGCAAAGUUUCCUCUCAAGUGAAAAGGACUGUUACAUUCUAGUGUUCUAAAAUGUUUUAGAAACGUCACACAAAAAGCCAAUUGCUGUUGUGUGUUUUUUAAAAAACACAAUGCUUUCAUGAGUACUAACUUCACACACAAUGCUGAGAAAUCCAUUCUCUGCUACAGACUUCAACUGACACAUUCACAUUUAGAACCAAAACAGCUUAAUCCCAAAGGAAAAAAACAGCAUCAGGUGUUUGAUAACUUUUACAGGGGUGGCUGUAAAACUUUACAUUAUAAGAAAAUUUUAAAGAAGCAACAGUAGACUUCAUCUCUUUAGUGAAUACUCUUUGUCUGGUGCUCCAGAAAAGUAAUAUUCAUCUAAAUUAUGCUAUACAGAUUUCCAUAAAGGGAAUAGCCAUAUGAAUUGUUUGAUUUGUGUGUUUUUAAUACAAAUAUAAGCUUUUAUAAAGUGUGGUUAUCAGUUCUCUGGUGAAUUAUGAGGACAAAUGUACAGUAUGUUGUCAAUUUAUGCAGGGGGGCAUUUUCUUGGCCAUUUUAAACAGCCAACUGUUCUGGGGUGAACAGACUUCCAAAUUUCUAUGGAACAGAAGACCUACAUUUUAAACAUUCUGUCUUUUUGCUGAACUUGGCAUGGAUAUUUGUAUUCAUGCUUAUGUGUAUAUAUAUGUGUGUGCGAGUGUGAUACAUACAUAUAUACUGUACAUAUGUAUUCAGUUUUUUAAAAAUGUGUUUAAAAUAUACUUUGCACUGUGACAGAGAUAAUGAGAAACUGUACAGUUCAAUUUUUUUUAACCAGUAAUUUUUUUGUGUACUUCUAUAUUCAUUAGCACCUGUCCACUUUGCUUUCCAUUCCUGGGGGGUAAGGAACAAUCAAUGGAUGGGUGGAUUCAUACAGGAGAGUGCCCUGUACUAUGCAAAACUCCCAGUUACUCAUUACUUAGCUCUGAGCCAUUUAUUCUGGUAUGUUUCUGGAAAUACGCAUUUUGGUUCUGAUGUUUCUUGUUUUUUUACUUCUUUAAUUUAAAUAUUUCACUUGUCAUGAAGAAGUGGUACUCAUACUAAUACUCUUGUUUUGCAUAAAACUUGGUGCUGUUUAUAUAAGCUACAGAAGUGAGUGUUGAUAAUAAAACAGCUUGCUAUCACUGCCAAUAAAAUAUACAUCAGGGACAAGAAAUGUACAUUUUCUGUGUAGGAAAUCGAAUGUACUGUAUGUAGUGCAAGUGAGAAUAAAUAACUAUUUACUAGGGAAGAUGUAGUCCUAAAUGGAUAGGUUUUAUUAUAUUUCUUAUUGUCUUUUUAUAUAUGAAAGCUUAUAGUAAAAAAUGUGUAUUUUUUACAAAUUUCUUGUUUGAAAAUGCCUUGCUUAUUGCUAGUUUAAUAUUCCUCAGGUUUUAGCAGAAAUCCUGCAAAAUCAUAUUUUGUAGUUCUCAGAUUUCCAAGUAGUCAUUUAAAUAACUGCAACACAAUUUUCAUUUAGAAGUUCAUUUGUCUUUGAGGAUUGUUUUGUUCUGCUAUCACAAAACAUUUAACACUACGGGUUAUGUGGUUUGGUUUACUUUACA